AUAGUCGAAAUUUUAUUAUAACACCACCGCCUCACCACAUAACGGAUCCCGGAAACCACACGGCAUAUAUACGCGCCAUUAGUCAUGGUGUCGUUCACCAAGCGGCAAAGUUCUAACGCUUCAAAAAAGGUUCUCAAGCGGGCUAAAACCCGUAUGAUCGCCCGUAGGCUACAAGUGUUCCUGGCCCUCGCGAACUUCAAGAUCAAUUGCGCAUGGGGAGAUCUCGACUUCGACGCUGUCGAGGCUAAAGUCAAUGAGAACAGAAAGCAGAUGCGGCAAAGGGAGGACUAUGUGAUCUGCAACUCAAACGCGAGCAGAUUCAAUCUCUCAUACACAUCCGAAGUCGACAAUACCGUCUGCCCUAGUAAUGGGAAGACCAACCAUCUCAAGUCGGCCUACAUGGGCAUGAUGGCGCAUAUGACUUUCGACCAUGCCAACGCGUCUAGAAAACAGCAAUAUUUCACCAAUCCCAACGGUCCCGACGUAACGUUUACCAUAGCUCCACGACGCCACUCGGUAGAGCUGCAGUCGGCCAUCCAUAGCGCCCCUUUGGACAACCAUAACGAACGGUCCGAUCGCCCCGACGCCAGUGUUGAUACAAACCGGUUAUUCCCCCUUUGGGCACCUUCAAUGCUUGACGGGAGUCUCGAUAGCGCUGAUCUCGUCGUGCCAUAGUUGAAGGGAACGCCGCGAUUUCGGCCAGCGUCACUAUUACUUACCUUGCUUCGUCCAUCGCUACCGGUAUCAUAUACGUUCCGGUAGUAAUAUUCACUAGCACACUGCUUUAAGAGCUUGCCGCAGACACGACAGUGCGGCUACUACUUAGGAACAUUGGCCUUCGGCGCGCCUAUUAUCUGAACCUGACAAGGGCCGGACAAUUAAGACCUGUAUUAUUGUAAAUUCCGCGCACCAGCGAGCAAUCUCACCCAUCACUAUACACAGAUCGGAAACGAACUUUCAACCCUCACCCGCCGCUAUCCUAUGAGAGUAGACUGUUGGGGAAAGCUAGAUAAGAAAGAGUGAAACAUGGUCUGGC